UAAGCAACGCAGUAGCAACCAUGUCAUCGUCUGAUGAAGACGAUAUUUUAUUAUUCUGGUGGAAUUUAAGAAGAAGAAAAAUAAAAAAUAAAAAACGUAAAUAUUGGAUUAACCCAGCGUUUAAACAGCUUGCAAAAUAUGGUGCAAAUGUCUAUGCAGAUGAACUUAAACUUCAUCCACUGCAGUUCAAAAGCUGUUAUAGAAUGAGCCCAGAUACAUUUAAACAACUUUUGAAUUUAAUUGAACAUAGUAUUACAAAACGUGAUACCAAUUUCAGAGAAGCUAUAAGUGCAGGAGAAAAAAUAUUAAUAACACUCAGAUAUUUGGCUACAGGAUGUAGUUUUGUUGCUUUGUCACAUAUAUUCAUGAGAGGGGACAAUACGAUAGGAAUAAUAGUGUGA